UUUUUAACCCGGUAGGCAAACCACCAAAAUCAGUGGGGCAAACGCCGGGGAACAUUUGUCAUGUUUUUUUAAAAAGAGGGAUUUACAAAUAGUAAAGGGUCCUUUACUUAGGAGGCAUACCUCCUAAGUAAACAAUGAUAAAAUUUAAAGGAAAAUUAUUGGGGGGACUAGACCUGACCCAAUAAUAAAAGUUAAAACCCUUAAUGUCAGGAAUACCAAAGAAAUCAAGAUAAUAAGCUUUCCUGGCCCGAUCCGGUAACAAAGAAACCUAAUUAAAAAGGGGUAAAAUGGGCCGGAGAGAGAUCUGCCAGAUAAUGGGCGACCCAAUUCCCCUGUGUAUGCAUGUCCGAAAGAAACCCCCUUCCUAAACGCUUCUUCCACCAUUUCCUGAAAAUCAAUUGCGCCACUUAUAUACUCUUGUUGUCCGAAAUAUACUCCAGCAAUUCCAGAGCAUUAACUUCCACCUGAAAACCCUCAUAGCCAUUCUUCAUAGCCCAGGAAGUCGCAGUGACCAAGGCGGUGGCCUCUGCCAACAAAGCUGAUUCCGCAACAACAGGGAAGCUCAAGGCGAAAACCAGCUGUCCUAUAUCGUCUCUCAUAAUAGCUCAUCCGAUCCUGCAGAUCCCUCAGGCAUAAUGUAUAGACAAAAUAGAAUUUGGAUGUACGAUAAACAUGCGGUAUUGUACGGAAUGCAAUCAAAUUUUCUUGAAGGAGUUGAGGAGUUUAUUAAAUUUGCACUUGAACAUCCGGCUUAUAUGAGUGGUGAUAAAAUCAGAUGUCCAUGUUCAAAGUGUAAAAAUCUCAAAUUUAAACACCCAGAAGAAGUUGGGUGGGAUUUGUACGCGGACGGUUUCCGUCCCAAUUAUUACAAUUGGACUUCUCAUGGCGAACCUUUGGAUCCAUCUGUUUUACCACAAACUGUAGGUUCGUCUCGUAACGUCCCUGCAGAGAUGAGUGCGUGGGGAGACCCUGCUGAAAUGAGAUAGGAGCAACGUAUGGUAUAUGACGCAUACGGUGCAUCGAUGUCUCAGUUCAACCCCCCACAACCAUCUAACGAUCCUCCUGAAGCUUCGACCUCGUAUCAACCACAUGAGGAUGAAAAUCCGAUAUUUUAUGAACCUUAUGUGGAUGAAGGUUUAGCUGAAAGGUUUCAAGAUGUUUUAAAAGCAGCUGAUCAACCCUUGUAUGCUGAUUGUGAGGGAUACUCUCAGCUAUCCGCCGUUACAGAGUUUAUGAACAUAAAAGCUGAAUACAGUCUCCCUGAAACUUGCAUGACUAGAGUCUUGCAGUCAGUAGGCGGGAUGCUACCACGUGAUCAUAACCUUCCGGAUUCAUAUUGUCACAUGAAGCAAUUAAUGUCUAAGUUGGGGCUACCUUAUAUAGAAAUUGAUGCGUGCCCGAAAGGAUGUAUGUUGUUCUGGAAGGAUGAUGAGACACUUGAAUUCUGCAAGUUCUGUGGUGGAAACAGAUACAAACCAGUUCCUCAAAGUAGAAAGAAACCACGAAAUAAGUCGGCAUUGUCUAAACUGUAUUACCUCCCAAUAGCUCCACGACUUCAGAGGAUGUACGCUUCGACUGCUACUGCGAAACACAUGACAUGGCAUGUUGAGCACGAAACAAAAGAGGGUAUGAUGUCUCACCCUUCGGACUGUGAAGCUUGGAGACACUUUGACCGUUGUCAUCCUCAGUUUGCAAUGGAGCCACGAAAUGUGCGACUGGGAUUGUGUUCAGACGGAUUUGCUCCAUUUGGAAAGUUUGGGAAGAACUAUUCAUGUUGGCCGGUCAUGUUAACUCCUUACAAUCUCCCUCCCGACAUGUGCAUGAAAAGUCACUUUAUCUUUUUGACUCUAAUCUGUCCGGGUCCCAAUGAUCCAGGGAAAAAAAUAGACAUUUAUCUCCAACCCCUUAUCGAGGAGAUGAAAGAACUUUGGGCCAUUGGGACACCAACAUAUGAUGUUUCAAGGGAUCAAAAUUUCAUAAUGAAAGCUGCCAUCAUUUGGACCAUUAGCGACUUCCCUGCCUAUGGCAUGCUUUCGGGAUGGAGCACACAUGGUCUUAUGGGAUGUCCGAUAUGCAUGGAAAAAUCAGGUGCCAAUUGGCUAGCUUUCAGUAAAAAACCAAGCUACUUUGAUUGUCACCGCAAGUUUCUCCCGGAAAACCACCGAUAUCGAAGGGACAAAAAGUCUUUUAUUAGAGGUAGAGUGGUAAAAGACACCCCGCCCCCGAGAUUGACCGGGGAAGCAAUUUUUAACCGGGUUCGACGUAUUCCUACGGUUAUGCAAGAACCAAAUAAGAAGCCAUAUGGGUUUUGUGAUACCCAUAAAUGGACAAAGAGGAGUAUCUUUUGGGAGUUACCAUAUUGGAAAGACCUUCUCAUUCGUCACAAUAUAGAUGUCAUGCACACUGAGAAGAACGUGUUUGACAAUAUAUUUAACACAGUGAUGGAUUUCAAAGGUAAAACUAAAGACGGUCUUGCAUCUCGAAAAGAUAUGACUAUUUGGUGUGAUAGGCCUGAACUGUCUAUUGAUCUAGAAUAUCAGGGCAACAAUAUUCCAAAAGCUGUCUACCAAGUCACACAAGCACAAAAAGAAUCAAUAUUACAAUGGCUUGUGUCUCUGAAGUUUCCAGAUGGCUACUGCUCCAACUUGUCCAGAUGCGUGGACAUGGACAAACUUGCAACGACGUCGAGCAUGAAAACUCACGAUUGUCAUGUAAUCAUGCAAAGACUUCUCCCAAUUGCACUGAAAGAGAUGCUUCCUGAACACGUAUGGUCCUGCAUUACUGAGAUCCGUUUGUUGUUUCAGUCGAUAUGCUCAAGCGUUUUGGAUGCAGUAUCCCUCCGUAGACUAGAAGAGUCUGUUCCCAUGCUGAUGUGUAAUUUGGAAAAGAUAAUGCCUCCGUCGUUUUUCGAUGGAAUGAAAUAUCUUGUAAUACAUCUUCCGUAUGAGGCUUUAAAUGGUGGACCCGUCUUCUAUCGCUGGAUGUACAGAUUUGAAAGAUUUCUUGGAGAGUUGAAAAAGAAAGUGACCAACAAGGCACACGUUGAGGCUUCAAUUUGUCAAGCAUAUCUUCAACAAGAAAUCUCAACGUUCUCAUCUUUUUAUUUUGAGCGUGAAGUCAUCACUAGAAGAAAGAGACCUGCCCGAAACGAUGACAUCGGCGAGGAUUUGUAUGAAAAUGUAGUCUCCAUUUUCAAUUACCCAGGUAGAGGUAAAGGAGCUUGGACAAACCGAUACAUCAUGGGAAAAGAAUUACAAAUUGCGCAUACUUAUAUGCUCAUUAAUUGUCCAGAAAUCUUACCGUUUUAUCAUGAAUUUAGAGCGGAGUACUCAGCAUUCCCUGACAAUGAAAUUGAUGCAUUGGUGGACUCUCAUUUUAUACCGUGAUCAAUAACCGUGGGAUUGUGGACCCUUUGUUAGUAUCAUUAUCGUGGGGCCCUGGUGCCUACGCCAAAGUUUGGCGGUCAUAUGUGAUAAACGGUUACACCUAUCACACAGUCGCUUACGGACAGGGCCGACCUACAGUGAACAGCGGGUUAUGUGUCCCAACAAUCGGUUAUGAUAACUCGGAAACCAAUUUUUUUGGUGUCUUGCACGAGAUUCUCGAACUGGAAAUGUCUUCUGCUGGGAAAAAGUUGACAUGCGUUUUGUUCCGCUGCAAAUGGAUUGAUCCAACACGUGGUGUGCGAAAAAAUUCAAAGUAUAAUAUGAUUGACGUCAACCACUCUCGCGUGUAUACGAAAAAUGAGCCUUUUAUACUUGCUCAACAAGCAGCCCAGAUUUAUUAUACAGAAUAUCCUUCAACCAGGCGGACACAGUUGAAGCAUCCGACACAAGUUGUUUGCUUUUGACUUGCCGAGUGAGUCGGAUUCCUCAUCUUUAUAAUCGCCAAAACUUUCAAGGGGUCUAGCCAUCAACUCCGUGAUUCUCUGGUAUCCUCAUCUUUUAAAUGUUUGUAGACAAAGUAUAACGCAAAUGUUGAAAAGAAGCGGGCGGAACUUGGCUUGACUCAAGAAGAUGACAUCGGUUCUGAUGUGGAAGAUGAUGCCAUCCUUGAGGCAACAGGGGUGUACAAGGGUCGGCUUCCAUGCCUCGGGGCUGAGGGGCAACGUAUUUUGUACGAUCGCAGCGGCAGCGGAGUUUCAUCAUCUUCUCAAUCUAGACGAGGAGAGGAUCCACGCAUUGCCCAAUUGCAACGAGAAUUGGAGGAGCAACAGCGUGCAUUUGAACAGCAACGAAAGAAUGAUGAAGAAACGCGGGCCCGGCUGGAAGCGAUGGAACGGAUCCUUGCUGGAUAUCAGCCUCCACCUCAACCUCAUCCUCGGCCGUACAUUAUGCACGUUGAGCAGACUCCUCAGGUUCCGCACAUGGGUGGUAUGGGUUAUCACUCUAACUCCGGUUAUGGUGCCAUGCCUGCAAUAAGGUCUACAUUUGGAUCUCUGUCGCCUGAUAUGCUCAAUCAGUUUCAGUCAUCGGGAGGAGGCAGCCGAGAAAGUCACCGAGGAAGCCACCGAGGAAGCAACCUAGGAGGCAAUCGAGGAGGCAACCGAGGCAGCCGAGGAAGUUCCCGACCCUUGGACCCCGUGGAUGCAGAAGAGGAUCAUCAUCGUCAUUAUGAUGAUAAUGAUGAUGAAUAUGAUUACGAUGAUUCUAAUUAUUAUCACAAUGGAGUCCGACGUACGGAC